AUGGUUGGUGACCAUGUCUUCAUAAAGAUAGCACCCAUAAAGGGUGUUAUGCGGUUUGGGAUGAAGGGUAAACUUAGUCCCAGAUUCAUUGGACCUUUUGAGAUCAUAGAUAGGGUGGGAACAUUGGCAUACAGGGUGGCCUUAUCACUGAAUCUUGCAGGGGUGCACAAUGUGUUUCAUGUAUCGAUGCUGAGAAAGUACAUGUCAAAUCCUUCGCACGUCUUGAACUAUGCAUCGUUGCAACUUACACUGGGUCUAGCCUAUGAGGAGAAGUCGGAGCAGAUUUUAGACAUACAAGAGAGGAAGCUGCGAAGGAGGACGAUCAAGAUGGUCAAAGUAAAAUGGUUGAAUCACCCCGACGAGGAGGCUACUUGUACUUGGGAGAUCGAGUCGAACAUAAGGGACCAUUACCCAGAGUUUUUUGGUAAUGAGGAGACAGUAGGACUUGAUGGAUGA